AUGAAGUUCUCGGACGAACUUGGCGUCGUAGGUCGACUCGCUGGUGGUACCUUUUCCGGUGGUGAAAUCGCGUCGCUAACACACAGCGGCAUAACGUCGGAGGCUACCCCACCGGUCAGGCAAGAAGUCCAAGGUAAAUCCGGAAAAAUAUUAAAGGAUACAAAGAUUCACGACCUUCCCGUUGCUGGUAGCUCGGAUUUUAAUCGGGCAGAACACAACGGUCCAAAAAUCGAAGCACCAGUCACCGGGUCCUCCAAUGGCAAUCCGCCGGUCACUUCGCGAUUGUUCGCCGCCGACUCCGUGGAUGUCGCAAAUCAGAGUUGUCUUCCAGUUCAUUUCGGCUCUUUACCGGUGUUGUCAAAAAUGGUGCAUACAGUGAAUAGCGGCGCCUCAGAUAAUUGCAACCCUCAGCUGCAAUAUCACUCCGUUUCAAUCAACCCAUCUUUGGGCCAAACACUUCACUCUCAACGAGAGGCGACACCUUCACUCCCAACGAGAAGCCGCGGUCACUUGAAUACCACCGUGGACGACGUCCCUCCGACAGCCAGGACCAUUAACCCCGACGGCCGUGCUGUGAGAGCAAUAAUGGCUACAGAAAUACACAAGUACAUGUUGUGCUUUAAUGUGUUUAAAAUUAUGUUCCCAUCUCCAAUCUGUAUCGUCCAAUAG